CAUGCGUUAACCGCUCGACCUACCCGGCCCAUUUCGAUCUGACUUGGGAGUCUCUGGGCGAACAAGGUUUCGACUGCAGGCGGCUGCUCCGGGACGGCAUGGCGGCGCCGAAGGAAGCGUCGCUACCCAGGCUCUCGAAGCUGCAGGACAGAGAAAUCACCCCUGAAGAUUUUGAUGUUCUCUGCGAGCUGGACGCGGCGGAGGCGAGGGGGGGGGCCGACCUCGCUCAAGUUCGCGCUCUGAUCGAUCUGGCCGACCCUGUUUCGGGACACGGGGAGUGCGAGAUCUGUUGUGCCGAAGAGAAGACACACAAGCUUCCUUGCAAGCACGCUUUCUGCAAGACGUGCCUGGAGUCGGCAUGGGGCGUCGCGGGGUGCAAGGGCGGCCGCUGCAUGGUGUGCGACCAGGACGCUGUGCCGGGGUUGUCUGCCAACAACGGCGGAGGCCAGGCUGCUGGCGAGGCGCCCGCCGCGGGCGGCGGCGGGCCAGCGGCGGCGCCGGAGGCGGCGACGCCGGGCACGCCGCCAGCGCCAGGCACGCCGCCAGGGCCAGGCACGCCGCCAGGGCCAGGCACGCCGCCAGGGGCCUCCGCAGCGGAGGCUGGCGGCGCGCCUGCGCCGCGGCGCCACGCGUGGCAGCAGGACGCACGGGGCCCUGCUGAAGAUCUGGCGGAGAAGGACGCGCCCUUCGACGCGGCGCACCUCCCCAUCACGAGGCACGACCUCAACAUGCCACUUCGCCGCGAGAAGACCAUCGAGCACCGCCGGGCGAGCCAGCACUGGCAGAGGCGGCUCAUGCGCGAGGACAUGGGGAGCUAG